GUUUCACCACGGAGUAGGACAGUGAUAAGAACGCGUACGUCCAAACAGCUUAUGAGUGAAAUCGCAAUGCCUUCACUUGUCUUGUUCCUGGACUUGUUCUUGUGUGCUCUAGUGGUCAACGAUUGUUUUGGUGAGUGAUAAACAAACUAAAUAAUUAUAUCUACAGUAAUCUGGUCUUGUUGUAAAUGAUGAUUAUUGAUUAUUCAAGCGGUCGGCAAAGUACGGUCCGCAAAUUCAGUUUAACCGGGCCGGCAUGGAGCUUAUUAAAGGAGACAGUAGUGUGUAAGGAGUGCAUUCUGACUUGAGGAGACAGGAGUGUAUACAAGGAGAGUAUCCUGACUUGAGGAGACAGUAGUGUGUACAAGGAGUGCAUUCCGACUUGAGGAGACAGUAGUUUGUCAAAGGAGAGUAUUCUGACUUGACGAGACAGUAGUUUCAACAAGGGCUGCAUUCUGACUUGAGGAGACAGUAGUGUGUACAAGGAGUGCAUUCUGACUUUAGGAGACAAUAGUGUGUACAAGGAGUUCUGACUUGAGGAGACAAUAGUGUGUACAAGGAGAGUAUUUUGAAUUGAGGAGACAAUAGUUUGUGCAAGGAAUAAAUUAUUACUAGAGGAGACAGUAGUUUGUACCAGUAGAGUAUUCUGAUUUGAGGAGACAACAGUUUGUAAAAGCAAUUCAUUCUGAUUGGAGGAGACAAUAGUGUGUACAAGGAGUGUAUUUUGACUUGAGGAGACUGUAGUUUGUACAAAGAGUGCAUUUUGACUUGAGGAGACUGUAGUGUGUACAAGGAGAGUAUUCUAACUUGAGGAGACAAUAGUAUGUACAAGAAGUGCAUUCUGACUUGAGGAGACUGUAGUGUGUACAAGGAGAGUAUUCUGACUUGAGGAGACAGUAGUUUGUACAAAGAGUGCAUUUUGACUUGAGGAGACUGUAGUGUGUACAAGGAGAGUAUUCUAACUUGAGGAGACAAUAGUAUGUACAAGAAGUGCAUUCUGACUUGAGGAGACUGUAGUGUGAACAAGGAGAGUAUUCUGAUUUGAGAAGACAUUAGUGUGUACAAGGAUAGUAUUCUGACUUGAGGAGACAGUAGUGUGUACAAGGUGAGUAUUCUGAAUUGAGGAGACAAUAGUUUGUGCAAGAAAUGCAUUCUGAGUUGAGGAGACAGUUGUGUGUACAAGGAGAGUAUACUGACUUGAGGAGACAGUAGUGUGUACAAGGAGAUUAUUCUAACUUGAGGAGACAAUAGUAUGUACAAGAAGUGCAUUUUGACUUGAGGAGACUGUAGAGUGUACAAGGAGAGUAUUCUGAUUUGAGAAGACAUUAGUGUGUACAAGGAUAGUAUUCUGACUUGAGGAGACAGUAGUGUGUACAAGGUGAGUAUUCUGAAUUGACGAGACAAUAGUUUGUGCAAGAAAUGCAUUCUGAGUUGAGGAGACAGUUGUGUGUACAAGGAGAGUAUCCUGACUUGAGGAGACAGUAGUGUGUACAAGGAGAUUAUUCUAACUUGAGGAGACAAUAGUAUGUACAAGAAGUGCAUUUUGACUUGAGGAGACUGUAGAGUGUACAAGGAGAGUAUUCUGAUUUGAGAAGACAGUAGUGUGUACAAGGAUAGUAUUCUGACUUGAGGAGACAGUAAUGUGUACAAUGUGAGUAUUCUGAAUUGAGGAGACAAUAGUUUGUGCAGGAAUGCAUUCUGACUUGAGGAGACAGUUGUGUGUACAAGGAGAGUAUUCUGACUUGAGGAGACAGUAGUGUGUACAAGGAGUGCAUUCUCACUUGAGGAGACAGUAGUUUGUACAAAGAGUGCAUUUUGACUUGAGGAGACUGUAGAGUGUACAAGAGAGUAUUCUGAUUUGAGAAGACAGUAGUGUGUACAAAGAAAGCAUUCUGACUUGAGGAGACAGUUUCAGGACAAUUUUACCGAUCUGGAUAUCAGUUCUUUAAAAAUCUUCCAAAACCCGUUUGGUGGUUUUCUCGGUGUUUAACCAUCUGAACUUCAAAUUGAAGUGAACGACCUACAAUCCAAACUCACUUUUAUUAGAAUUAUAAGGUGUGUAAUUUGGUCAUGUAAAUGAAUUUUCUCUUAAAUUAAUCUCAGUCUUGGGACUACCUAAUUGUGUGACAAGACAUUUUCAAAUAUGUUACAUUGUAAUAUCUAGCUAGAGAGCAGCGUGUGGUUGAGCACUUGUAAUUAACUUAUGAUGAUAGUGAUGAUAACUUUGUACCUCUACUAUAAGGUACUGUAUCAGAAAGAACCAGUUUCCAAUUUACGACGAUUUACAGGAUUGAGACGAUUUGUCCCAGACCCCGACAAGAUUUUUAGAAGUGAAGAACAGGAAAAGCACUAGGUUCAGACAUGAUCUGCAACGAAAUGCUCUUCCUAGAGGUGUGGUAUAAGGAAUUGAGAAAACGGCGAGACAGCAUGUAAACUUUACCUAAAGAUACCACAACCCAACAGAAAGGGAGAUCAACGGUGGCGUUUAAAACGCGAGCACCAGAGCCUCACCACCCAGAUGAGAACAGACUAUUGUUCUACUGGCAGCUAUCUGAACAGAUUACAUCCGCUUCGAGACCCAAGCUGUCGUGACUGUGGAUAGGCGCCGGAGAAAGUAGUGGACUUACUAGCCGAGUGUCUAAUACUAAGGUGUGGAGGGGCAGGGACUCCCCCAGAUACACACGUCAAGAACAUGAUUCACGGUGCUCCCCAGCAGAAGCAGCAUGCCUGUAAAGUGCUCAUCAGGCCAUACAAUAGCAAUAGCUCGGGCCCAUGAAAAGAAUGUAAUAUUUCAGUGUAAGUCACUAAAAUUAUAAAGCUAUUUUGUGAUUGUAUCACGGAGUGUUGCUACUCUAACAGGCUAGACAACAACAGGGACCCGAACUGACGACGACGAAGGCUGUAAGAUAAGAUAAGAUAAGAUAAGAUUAAGAUAAGAUAAGAUAAGAUAAGAUUCUUUUAUUGAUCCAAAUAAAUGUAAAUGUUUUUUUGAUUGCAUUAUACAUCUUCAGCACAAAAAUAAAACAAUUUGAACACAAGACAUUUAUGAUAAAUUAUUUCAAACAGCCAUUCAGUGAAUUCUCUUAGCGAAAUCGGGGACUUCUUAGUUCUCAUUCAGGUGUGUGACUUCAGAGGAAGCACGCCGGUAAAUUCGUACAGAUUGGGGAACAAACGAAAUUUUUAUAUCUGUCAGUCCUCGCCCUGAUGGAAGGAAUUCGCCCCGAACGGCCCGAUCUUAAGUAUCUGUAAUGAAGAAGGUGAGGAGACUAGGGAAGAAAACAAGUCUCACGUUGCAGAUGUCAUCUGGAACAGCCGAGCAGCUGUUACUUUGUUUUUCAUUUAUAAACCGGGGUGGUAAGGAAGCUGUUUUCUCGCCCCUUCCCUAGAGUUUCGUUGAGUUUUCGUACAAUUUAUAUAACUUAUUCAAGAGCACCGUUUUUUUAAAAGAUAUUUUCUCUCUCCAGGUUUCCAAGUGUUCUUGGAAGUCAACCCUCCUACCAUCCACACCAUAUUAACCAAGAAACUACGAAUGAGAUGCUCUUUAAAAAAUGAUGUCAAUUUGGAAAUGCAGAAACCUUUGUCUAAAGAAGAAUUCUGCGACAGAACCACGCCAAGCUGCAACACAAAGGCUGAAGAGCUGUCACUGAAGGUAGCUUCUACUUCAACAUCUCCGAGAUCUGACAUCAGCGACCUCCUGUCGAUCGUCAUUACCAAGUACAGCAAUGACCAUAAGAAGAGGGAGAUCAUCGCAAGUGUUACCAGUGCUGCCGCACCAAAGACGGAGGCUGUGUUUACAAGCGCGGUACAAGCGGAGGGAACCUGUGAAAGCUCUGAUGUCGACGAGCUGGGUUAUCUCCUGCUGACCAUGGACAUGCCUACGGACGAACACGCGGGCAACUACACCUGUGAGGUCUUGGCUUUGGACUUUCAAAAAAUACCUCUAGCCCUCAACGCCUCGUUCUCAAUAGCUGUGAUUCAGCCGUCCGUAUCUGACCUAGUGACCUAUAUAUCCAAACACGAACAAGAGAUAAUAGAACUAAGAAAACAAGUUUCAGACCUGAAGGAGACUAACAUAACACUGAUGAGACAUAUUUCAGAAAGAGAUAAGUCCUUGCAGACUGGGCGCUCAACAAUCUGCAGAGACAAUCCCAAAAAUUAUAUUGCUACAAUCACUUUUCAACAGCCGUAUGUUGAUACUCCAAAGAUUUUUGCCAAGGUUACUAAAUGGACUUAUCCGAAUGGACGACAAUUUUUAAAAGACCUCCACCAACCACUGAUUGUUUUUGAAAGUGCCUCACUAAAAUCGUUCAGCACUCUUUGUUAUAUUGGUGACCAAUAUCUGAUAGAGGAGUUUGAAUGGUUGGCAGUGAUCUAAUACACAACAGAAACCAAUGGGUGAUUUCAUAUCUCACGGCAAGGGAAAGAGAUCAAAUCACAUUUUAAUAUUUUAAAUAGUCAUUUGUGCACUUCAGUUUUCAAAUUUAUUCAAAAAAAUUUAAUUUAUAUAUAAUGUUAUUUACAUGUCUUAAGCUACAUCUCACAAGGUGUUUACACAUGACGCUUUUAUUGCUAGUAAAGAUGCCAAAGAUACAAUGGAGAAUAAAUUUGAAGUUUUUCUUCUGUAAAGUGGUUAUUGGUCGUGAAAUGUGACUCUCACACCCACCCACAUAUACCAUGUUAGAGACCGACCGAAUUUCGUAUUCGGGUUCGGUUGCGGCGCCGAAAGUUGCCACUCAAUCACUUUCGGCUAAUUUUCGGUUUCGGCCGAAACUUAAAAGUUAACUUUCGGUUUUAUUUUCGGAUUCGGGAGAAACGGAAAAGAUAAAUUUCGGUUUUAUUUCGUGUUUGGCCGAAUGUGAUUGAGACUUUCAUCCAUCUGGCGAAAUUGAUUAAUGCUUUUGGUCGUGUACCAGAAGUCACAAUGACUGUCGGUCUUUACGCCGGCAAUCCGAUAUUCAUUGUCGUACGACGUUUUGCAGUCAUCGUAUGACAUAUGACUACUCCUCGGCGCAAACAGAUCACAGCUGCUUGAUGACCCACUUGUCCUAUAUUUCCAAACAUUGUUAUUGACGAAAUAACACACGUGUGCAUGUAUCACUAGUUCGCAUAAUAAUUAUAUAGUAAGCUUGCUGCAUACAUGAUUUUGGCAACCAAUGUAAGAUUUUGAGAUGUCUCUUACGUUUCCACGCCGGGACACGUCAGUACGUCUAUUUGAAAAGGCCCGGUUAAAAUAUACCACGCACCACCCUCAGAUUAGCGCGGGGGAGGUUGUUCAACGAACAAAAUUAUUACGUCACAAGCACGGAAAGACUAGUUUGUGGUACUAGGCUAAAUAUAACUACAGGGAUAUCUAGCCAGCUAUUUAUGAAAACACAAAGCACUAGUGUGACGAUAGUCGCGAAAAAAGGUCGAGAUAUUUUAUAUCCUUAACAUAUUUGUAGGCAACAUUUGGCUCUGUUAGAGAUUGUCAAGAGAUAAGUGUAGUAAGUUUCAGUGGAAACCAUCCUCAACCGCCGUCUUAUGAAUCCCUAGUGCGUACGUAAUAUAUGGAGUGCCCAUUAAUUUGGCAGGGGGGGGGAGAAGGAUGUGAAAAUAUGUUGUUUUUGCAUAUGGAUUUCCCAUUGUGUAAUUAACUCUGCAUUCAAAUUUGGCUACCUUGAUGGAUGUGUACAGUGAGUGCAUGAUUUUAAUGCUAUCACCAAUUUUAAAUAGACGCUCCUUUUUCAAUACUACCUAUUAUUUAAAAAAAAAACAAAAAAAAAACAUUCUCAACUGCUGCGCACAGUAGCGUUAGAUUUUUUUACAUAUUCUAUAAGAUCCAGUAGGCUGCAUUUGAAUUUCUAUUUUAUGACGUCACCAAGCAGCUGUACAAUUUUAAUAGCCCAGUUUUGUUCCACCACUUAUCCUUCCAUUUUCAAAAUACAGCUUGUGGUAGUUUUACUCACAAUUAGAAAUAAAUUAGGGCUCCUUGUCAUAAUUCAGGGGUGGUUAAUCCGCGGCCGCCACAGUCAAAUGUAUUGCCCGUGAGUUCCAUCACACAUGACCGUAUUUUUUCAUUCAGACGCCAUUGUGAAUGAUAGAUUGGAAAUAGAUUGAAAUAAGUAAUACUUUUUUUAAAGCACAUAUUAACUAAUUAUUUUUUUUAAAGCUAGGUGAAGGGAACCUCAUUUCUCACCAUCAUUACGAUUAAGUCUAGAAUGAUGCAGAAAUAUAUUUAAGUAGGCUAUACACAAACGUGCAUCCCUUCACUUUGAAUUUAUUAAAAAGAUUUUGAGCUCAGCCUCCUCCCCAAAUCGCACCCCCACUUUUGUUUGAGUGACAUCGGCGUCUACAUAACCAGGGUUUCUUUCAGCUAUAUCUCCGGAGGGCACUACCCCCCUCCCGGGGAAAGCCAAGGUCCCCCCCCCACCACCCCCCCCCCCCCAAAAAUAUGUCCAACAAUAAAUCAACUGGCACUGCCCCACCGAAAAAUCUGAAGUGCCCCCCCCUUCCCCCGGGGAAAUUUCUGAAAUAAUCACUGGAUAUAACUAAGACAGAACGUUAUGGAAUGGGUCCCCACUGUGUCCCUGUUUAAGUUUAAAUGACCAAUGGUUAUUGUUAUUUGAUUUUAGCAUUUUUCUUACAGGAAAAUUAAUUACGCCUAAAAGUCAUAGAGUAUAUAAGUCAUAAAAAGCUUAUUGAAGUGUUAGUUUAGUUCUAUUUAUUUGUAUAGUCACGCCUGUUAGAUAAUGUGUCAUGUGUGUUGUGUGUGUGGGUGUCCCGUGCGAUUAAAAAUAACUGCC